GGUAUUUGUACAGAAAUAUAUGGAAACAGUUCCUAAACUACACAAGCCAAAGACUUUUUGAAAUAUCCUGCUAGAGAUCUAGGAGUUUGUUUUCUGAUAUUUGUGAUAAUGGAUACACCAGGUAUUUGAUCCUAAAAUAAUAUAUAUUUAAUGUAAUACUUUAAUGCUGUUUUUAUUUAUUUUUGCUAUAACUUUUUGGGUUGCCACCUUUCUUGGGGAAAAAAUACUUGCCUUACUAAUUUGCAUAAUCUUUGUAUGUGUGUAAUCACAUGAUGUUGGUCACAAGGAGUGACCAAAGAAACCAUUCUGUAAAAUCACCCAAAAACUUGGUUUGACUUUAAUGUAUAUGGAUUGUACUAGUGUCAGUCUCCCCUAAUCUUCCAGUGUCUGUGCCCCCAUGUCUUAGUCGCCCAGUGUCCCCAUGACACUGGGAGACAAUUAGGGGACACUGGAGACUUGAUGAAGACCUGGGUACAGGUCAAAAUGUUGAGGUGUCCAAUAAACCUGCUUAAACCUAUCAGUGAGUGCCAUGAGGGUGUAUGGCUUUUUUUUCUCUCUGGGAGACAUGAGGACACUUGGCGUGCCCCAUAUGUCUGUCGCUUCUCUAACAUCCCCCUAGUAUGUCUGUUAAUUCAGCCCUGCUGCUCAGGGAAGUGUCCCCAAGCAAAUCAACAAAGAUCUGAGGUGUGUAGACCAGAGAUGGGUGUCACAUAGGUAUAAUAUCCACCUUUUUGUAAGAAGAUUAUGGUGGAGGGCCUGGUUAAUGGUAAACUUUACUCUAGCAUAUAUCUCAAAGGACUGACUAUAUUCCAAACACAUGCCUGCUGUUUUGUCUUUAUAAAUGGUAGUGUGACCUUCUAUAAGAUCCUAUGUCCGGCAAUCUGUGGGGAAAGACUUCUGCUAUCGAGCAAUUUAUGCACCUGAUAUUGAAGGGGAGCCCUAUAUCUUCCUGGUUCAGUGACCUGGUCACCUUGCUUAGUGUUUGAUACCUGACUGACACCGCUGAAUGGUUCUCCUUUUCUCAGAGCUGAAGUGGGAAUAAAGGGUGCUCAGUUAUUGUCGGAUAAUGACCUCAUAUAGUGCUGUCAUGCAACAUCUGAAACUAAAAUGCCUUGCGCUACCUCACCCAUCUUCCAAUGUAACCUAGCUAUUCAACCCUUCUUAAUGCAUCAGUGUAAACUGCAGCACUAAUUGCAUGUUAACACUAUAUUCAUAUAGUGUCUGUAUUUCUGUGCACGCAUGUGAAUGGGGACAUGGAAGUAUGCAGUUCUUAACAGGUAUUCUAACUAAAAGGCACUUGUGCCCUCAGUUCGUUGUGCAAGGUGGGAGGGAACAACCUGAGGUCUUCAUUAAGAUGCCUAGAAACUUGAUGACCUUAUUGUGAGAAGUCCUGCUGUUACUCUGUACUAGACCUUGACCUCAACCGGUUCUGCUUCCAAACAUAUAAAAAAAAUUUCUUCUAAUUUCAGAUACCAUCCUGUUUGCCAUCAGCAGUGACUAUGUGGCUAGAGCUGGCCUACCGCCCAAGGAUCGUAUGGAUAGCUACUACGACAGAUCUACUGCUGUAGGGAAGCUAAAUAAUGUAACCAAGAUUGUGUUAAGCCCUGAAGGGCAGCUCUUUGCUGUCCGUGGCAGGGAUCUUUACACUGGGCCUAUGCCUCUGUCUGCAAACCUUGACUGGUUCUCUACUGCCAAGAGAGUGGGCAAAGCUGAGUGGGUUCAAUUUAAAUUUCUAUUCUUUGACCCAAAUGGCCUUCUGUAUGCAGCUACAAAAGAUGGGGAGCUCUACAAGGGUCCAGCACCAAGCAAUGAAAAUGUGUCCUGGCGUUAUGGUCAAGCAACCAAGAUAGGAAACUCUGGUUGGAAUAAACAUGAUGCGCUUUUCUUUGACCAAAAAGGCAAUCUGUAUGCUGUGACCGAUGGUGACAAGCUUGUGGUGGGAAGCCCUCCAUCCACAACAAACGAUAAAUGGCUUGACUCCUGCACCACUAUUGGAGAUGGUGGCUGGCGAAUUCUCACCCACUUCAUGAAGAUCAGCCUUGAUGACCUACUGUGGUGUGUGGAUUCACGCAAUGGCAACAUCUAUAAAGGGAAAAUCCCAACUAAAGAUGAUACCAACUAUUUGGAUAAUGCUGAGCUCCUAGGUUGGAGCUAUAAUAUGUACCGCUUUCUAGCCUUCACUGUUGAUAAAACCAUCCACAGUGUUGUAAGCUUUGAAUUCCUACCUGCAUCAGGUAAAAUACUCUCUCAGCAGCCAGAGGUGGUCCAGUCUCAAAUCUACAAGAAUACAAGCAGCGUUCCCUUAAAGUACUCCUUCUCGUAAGUAUAGGCUGAAUGAAUGGUAGUCUGCCCUUCUCCCUUACAGAAGGAAUUAAUGUGACAUUAAGCUCUUGGGUUAAAAUAGGCAAAGCUUCUCAAAUGCAGCAUAUUCUAGUUUCCAAAUCCCAUGUUCACUCCAGUUUAAUGAAUACUCUUCAUUGCAUGCAUGGCACCCUAACACUGACUGUUUUGAAGACCCUCUAUUGCUCUACAUCUGGAUGCUGUCUGCAAUGUCACUCUAAACUUGUUACUGGAUGUGGAGGGUAUACUCAAAUUGGUGUAAGCUGUAUUCUCUGCUAGCUCAGUGGUAUGUCAUGAACAUUCUAGUCCAUAACUAAAUUUCCCCAACUUCACAAUUCUUCUUAGAUUCUCCAAAACCAUGACUGAGACUAGCAGCUUUACCCAGGAGCAUGGCUUUACAGUAGAAGUUGGAGCAGAGGUCACUUUUACUGCUGGCAUCCCCUUUAUAGGUGACAUGGAGACAAGCAUUUCCAUCAACACCAGUACCACUCACACCUGGAGCUUCUCAAAGACCAAUGAAACACAGGUAUGUGUCUGACAUGCUAGCUGGGUUUUGGGAUCUGUAUACAUACUGUCCACUGAGAAUAAUUUUGUGGCACGUUUUGAAAGCUAAUGUGCAUUUGAACUUUCAACCCUCCCUUCUAUGCUUCUCUCUACAGACUAGCUUCUCAGCCAGCACGGAUGUAGAGGUGCCGGCUGGAAAGUCUAUACGUAUGAUGGCUUCUGUCACAAAAGCACAAAUGGAUGUGCCAUACAUUGCCAAGAUCUGCACCCUGUUUGGCUAUGAAACCACUAUCCAGGGAACAUGGAAAGGGGUCACUCACUACAACCUGAUGGUCACUCAGGAAGACUACAGUGGCUGAGGUGGAUCACAUGUAUACAGUCUCCAAAUGUAGGCUGGAAUGUGAUUAAAUGAGACUAUCUAAUCCACAUAGGGUCUGGUCAAUAAAUGCAAUAAUGUAUGCUUGAUUGUUGGUGCCUUCUGGUGUACAGUUGCUGAAUAAACUAAAUGACAACCUG